CUCAGCUUUAACACACCUUGGCUGGGUCUGGAUAAAAAAAGUGGGCACUGCAAAUUUCUAGAAGAAAGCACCAGGGGAAGAAAGAGAGGGGGGAUUUAUCCAAAGAAGUUUCUAAUUCCUUCACAAUCUCCAGCCAGGUGGCUAUGGUAUGGACGUAACCAAGAAAAGCAAACGAGAUGGCACUGAAGUCACGGAAAGAUUUAUCACGGAAACAGUAACUACAAGACUUACAUCCUUACCACCAAAAGGGGGGACCAGCAAUGGCUAUGCAAAAACAGGCUCCCUUGGGGGAGGGAGCCGGCUGGAGAAGCAGAGCCUGACCCACGGCAGCAGCGGUUACAUAAACUCAAGUGGAAGCAUACGUGGCAACACCUCCACCUCCAGCUACAGGAGGGCUCAUUCACCCGCCUCCACUCUGCCCAACUCACCAGGCUCCACUUUUGAAAGGAAAACUCACAUUACCCGUCAUGGAACAUACGAAGGGAGCUCCAGUGGCAACUCUUCUCCAGAGUACCCUCGGAAGGAAUUUGCAUCUUCUUCCACCAGAGGACGGAGCCAAACCAGAGAGAGCGAAAUUCGAGUUCGACUGCAGAGUGCGUCCCCAUCUACUCGAUGGACAGAGCUGGAUGAUGUUAAGCGUUUGCUCAAGGGGAGCCGAUCGGCAAGUGUGAGUCCCACCCGGAAUUCCUCCAACACACUCCCCAUCCCCAAGAAAGGCACCGUGGAGACCAAAAUGGUGACGGCAAGCUCCCAUUCAGUGUCCGGCACCUACGAUGCAACGAUCCUGGACGCCAACCUGCCCUCCCAUGUAUGGUCCUCCACCCUGCCCGCAGGGUCCUCCAUGGGGACCUAUCACAACAACGUGACCACCCAGAGCUCCUCCCUCCUCAACACCAAUGCCUACUCUACGGGAUCAGUCUUUGGAGUUCCUAAUAACAUGGCAUCCUGCUCGCCCACCCUGCAGCCCGGACUCAGCACCUGCUCCUCAGUAUUUGGCAUGCAGAACAAUCUGGCCCCCAGCUCGUCUGCCCUGUCCCAUGGCACAUUCACCACUUCCACAGCAUAUGGUGUGAAGAAAAACAUGCCCCAGAGCCCUACCGUUGUGAGCACUGGUGUGUCCACCUCUUCAGCCUGCACCACCAGUGUCCAGAGUGAUGACCUCUUGCACAAGGACUCUAAGUUCCUGAUCCUGGAGAAGGACAACGUGCCAGCUAAGAAGGAGAUGGAGCUGCUGAUCAUGAACAAGGACAGUGGGAAGGUCUUUACUGCCUCCCCUGCCAGCGUCGCUGCAACUUCCUUUUCAGAUGACACCCUAAAAAAAGAAAAGCAAGCUGCCUAUGCUGCCGACUCCUACCUAAAAUCCGAAGCUAAUGGAGAUGUGAAGACAGCAUCCGCAAAGGGCAAGGCCACCUCUGCAGACAUCCACAGCUACAACCAUGGCAGCAGCGGCGGUGGUGGUGGUGGUGGUGUUGGCAGUGGCGGCGGUGGCAGCGGAGGUACCUGGGGGGCAGCGCCAGCCUGGUGCCCCUGCGGCUCCUGCUGCAGCUGGUGGAAAUGGCUGCUGGGCCUGCUGCUAACCUGGCUGCUGCUCCUGGGGCUGCUCUUUGGUCUCAUUGCUCUGGCGGAGGAGGUGCGGCAGCUGAAGGGCCGGGUGGACGAGCUGGAGAAGAUGCAGGGCAGCAUGCCGCACUUGGAGGAGAAGAUGGAAAGGAGCAACACGGAAAGCCUGCACAGCAAGGCGCCCAGCGACGGCGCGGAAGUGGAGAAAAGCGGGCUGGGCGGCCACAGUGAGGAGGAGCUCUGGCAGUUUGUGUGGAAGAGGCUAAUGAUGGAACAGAAAAACGGAAACCUCCUAGGAAGCCCUGGCCCUAAAGGUGACAUGGGAAGUCAAGGUCCUAAAGGAGAUCGAGGGCUCCCUGGGACUCCAGGUAUCCCUGGGCCCUUGGGCCACCCAGGCCCAGAAGGACCAAAGGGACAAAAAGGCAACAUAGGAGAUUCCGGCAUGGAAGGACCCAUGGGCCAGAGAGGGCGGGAAGGCCCCAUGGGACCUCGCGGUGAACCAGGGCCUCCUGGCUUUGGAGAGAAAGGAGACAGAGGGGCUGUUGGUGAACCAGGCCCUCAGGGCCCACCUGGUGUCCCAGGUUCCGUGGGUCCCAAAGGUUCCAGUGGCUCUCCCGGUCCCCGGGGCACCCCAGGUUCUGUAGGUCUGCAAGGGCUCCGAGGUGAAGUGGGACUCCCUGGUGUCAAAGGUGACAAAGGACCUAUGGGACCACCAGGACCUAAAGGUGACCAGGGCGAGAAAGGACCCCGCGGCCUCACAGGCGAGCCUGGCAUGAGAGGUUUGCCUGGAGCCGUGGGCGAGCCCGGGGCUAAAGGAGCAAUGGGCCCUGCUGGCCCCGAUGGACAACAAGGCCUGAGAGGUGAACAAGGUCUCACAGGGAUGCCUGGAAUCCGUGGCCCACAAGGACCUUCUGGAGAACCAGGAAAGCCAGGUCUCACAGGACCCCAAGGACCUCAGGGACUUCCUGGCACACCUGGCCGACCAGGGACUAAAGGUGAACCGGGAGCUCCAGGCAAGAUCGUGACUUCAGAGGGGUCCUCGACAGUCACUGUUCCAGGCCCCCCAGGACCUCCUGGAGCCUUGGGACCGCCAGGACCUCCAGGUGCCCCAGGCCCUGCCGGCCCAGCUGGUCUCCCGGGACAGCAAGAAGGUCUUGACUUACAAGGUCCCCCAGGCCCACCUGGGCCACGUGGGCCACCAGGGCCUUCCAUUCCAGGCCCCCCAGGACCCCGAGGCCCACCAGGGGAAGGCCUGCCAGGCCCACCAGGCCCUCCAGGAUCUUUCAACUCAGAAACCUUCUUCUCCGGACCCCCAGGCCCUCCUGGCCCCCCUGGCCCCAAGGGAGACCAAGGUCACCCAGGCCCCUGAGGACACCAGGGCGAACGAGGCCUCCCAGGCUUCUCAACCUCGGGGUCCAGUUCUCUCGGACUCAAUCUGCAGGGACCACCAGGCCCACCCGGCCCUCAGGGACCCAAAGGUGAUAAAGGGCAGUGAGGGAGCAGCCAAGGAUGUGAUCCUGGUGUCCCAGGGGCUCCUGGCAUUCCUGGUGGUCCCUCUCGAGGGGGAUCUUCAAGCACCAUGUACAUGCCAGGCCCGCCAGGCCCACCCGGGCCCCCUGGGCCUCCAGGCUCCAUCAGCAGCUCCGGCCUGGAUAUUCAGCAGUACAUCUCAGAGUACAUGCAGAGUGACAGUAUUAGGUCUUAUCUGUCUGGAGUCCAGGGUCCCCCGGGCCCACCUGGUCCCCCUGGGCCUGUCACCACCUUCUUGGGCGAGACUUUCGACUAUUCAGAGCUGGCAAGCCACGUCGUGAGCUACUUACAGUCUGCGGGGUACAACAUCGGCCUGUCCUCCACCGCCAUCUCUUCUGAAGACCUCCUGGCUGUGCUACAGCGGGAUGACGUGCGUCAGUACCUGCGCCAGUACCUGAUGGGCCCUCGGGGUCCGCCAGGGCCACCAGGAGCCAGUGGAGAUGUGUCCCUCACGUCUUUGGACUACACAGAGCUGAGCAAUCGCAUUGUCAGCUACAUGUCAAGUUCUGGGAUCAGCAUUGGACUUCCUGGCCCCCCCGGCCCCCCUGGCUUGCCAGGAACAUCCUAUGAGGAGCUCCUCUCCUUGCUCCAAGGGUCUGAAUUCCGAGGCAUCGUUGGACCCCCAGGCCCCCCAGGGCCACCAGGCAUCCCAGGCAGUGCAUGGUCCAGCAUCAGCGUGGAAGACAUUUCAUCGUACCUAAAUACUGCUGGCUUGUCAUCCAUCCCAGGCCCUCCAGGUCCUCCUGGUCCCCCAGGUCCUCGAGGGCCCCCAGGUGUCUCAGGAGCUCUGGCAACCUAUGCGGCUGAAAACAGCGACAGCUUCCGGAGCGAGCUGAUUAGCUACCUCACAAGUCCCGAUGUGCGCAGCUUCAUCGUCGGCCCACCAGGGCCUCCUGGGCCACAAGGACCGCCUGGUGACAGCCGCCUGGUGUCAGUGGAUGGCUCCUACAGCCGGGGCAGCAGCUCCUCCUCACACAGCUCAUCUGUCAGACGGGGCACAUCCUACAGCUCUUCCCUGGGCGAAGGGGGAGCCUUUGGUGCAGCCACAGGAGACGGGGGCCCCUAUGGCACUGAUGUUGGCCCAGGUGGAGGCUAUGGGGCAGCAGCAGAAGGUGGCAUGUACGGUGGCAAUGGCUUUGCUACAGAUCUGGACUACAACAAGCUGGCUGUUCGGGUGUCGGAGAGCUUGCAGCGUCAAGGCCUACUGCAAGGUAUGGCCUACACUGUCCAGGGUCCACCAGGCCUGCCUGGGCCCCAGGGGCCCCCUGGCAUCAGCAAGGUCUUCUCUGCCUACACCAAUGUGACCGAGGACCUCAUGGACUUCUUCCGAAUUCAUGGAGCUAUUCCAGGACCCCCUGGGCAGAAGGGAGACGUGGGCAACCCAGGACCCAAAGGUGACAGGGGUCCUGCCGGACCACCAGGUCAUCCUGGGCCACCUGGCCCUCGAGGGCACAAGGGAGAAAAAGGAGACAAAGGUGACCAAGUCUAUGUUGGCCGGAGAAGGAGAAGAAGUAUUGCCACCAAGCCAUGA